CCGCCGGCAAUUUACAAAGUGCCAAGUCAGCUCUAUCAUCGUAGACUUGGCCACCAUGGAGAAGUCGACAACCAAUUCUGCCACUCAGCCUUCGUCGGCGACAAUAUCGCCGACGUCAAGCGAACGUAGGGGGACGCGAUUAGCUGCCCUCAAAAGGAACACCAAGACCCGGAUCUUCCACAGAUUUAACACUGGAUUGGCACCAGCCGGCGAAGAUGUACAGGCUGCUUGGACACCGGAUCUGUGCUGCACAGUUGAUGACAUACUUUGCGCCGACAAGCCUCCUGCCGACACAGAUUCCGAAUACCCGCAAUUUGAUGACAUCGGCGCAUAUGCAAUCACUGAGCACACGGUGCUUUCUGAGACUAUAUGGCGGAAUGAGGCGAAUCGUUUGUUCCAAUUUCUUGAAAACCCGGAAGAGCCUGCCCAGUUCAAGAACAGGGACUUUUUCAAGGUUGGAGAUGAGGCGGGGCACAAGGCCUUGUCUGCGCUCGCCGACAAGAUAUUCACUGCCAUGUCGCUCUGCGUGCUCGACAACGAGUGCAUAACGGUGCGCUUUAGUCCGCAGGCAUCCAGCAGGACGCGGUUGAAAAAGCUGAUCAUGCAAGCUCAUGUUGCUUCCCAUGCGAAUGAUGGCAACAAGCCGUUGGAUCGCGAAGCAUAUGAGCGAGAGCAGAUCGCCAUGUUUGACCUUGUUGAUUACAUUUCUGUCGUCCUUGCCAGGCUCAUAACCCAGACUGGUGCUGGAAAUCACUGGCAGGCGUCGGUGCUAUGCGCAUUGGUGAAGCGCGUGGCCAAGAUCAAAAUCAUGUUACUAGACCUUGCCGAGAAUGCCGAUCUGGCCGCGAAGCAAGGCGAGUCGGUAUUAGAGGACAGCCGAGACGCUAGAGAUGUCAGUUCGGGCAUGAUCGAAGAGGAGGAGGAGUGUGAAGAGAUCCUAAGAAUUAUUGCCGCCGAGACGAGAGAUGGUCUCACAUCGUUCAAAAGCGCCCAGGUCGCAACGUACUGCGUCAACCAAAGCAAAGUCCGUUCUGGAUUGGAUAUUCUGAUGAGAUCCAUCAUCAUGCCGUUGCGGUGUCUAGAUAGAUCUGGGCUUGGCCAUGCAACGUAUGAGAUUUCUGGACUAGUUUACGAGACGGGCUUCCAGGGCUUCAAGACGCUUCUGUACCAAGAUCGUGAACUUGAGUACUCGGCCACCUCAAAUCUAGACAACCUCAAGGCGGCGGAUCCAGCGUUUCGGAUGCUGAACCAGACCGUCAGGCACAUGAAGAGCCUCCACCGAGGAGGCGACCCAUCCGAUUUAGUCAGAGGGCGCGAUGUCAGGACCUUCAUCGAGUGGACAUACAGUGGCGCAACGACAGGCCAUACCGGCGACUCCCCCGCACGCAACGACAGGAAGCUCGAAUCGUUGGAGUUGGAGUAUAUGGACGAAAUCAUCACUAUUAUGGUCCCGUUGGUAACGACGGAUCCAAAAAUGGUCUCUGAGCUGAACAGCUUUAGGAGCAUCGUGGUCCUCAGCAAGGAGAACCGUGAUCCCGUUCGUGAACACGAGGACUCGGACUUUGCCGCCUUCUUCCGAAUGUACACAAACACAUUCGAUGACGAAAUCGGAUACCAAAGUACAUUGCGACUCAAAACGGCCUUUGACAAUGGCUACUUUGAACGCUGCCGACUGAUCGACCCGGAAGCUAGAAACGAUAGCUCCAGCGAGUAUAUCUUUGACCUGAGAGCAAAGAUAAUGGAGCACGAGUGGGUCAUGGACGAGACCUCGGUAGUCGUACGUUGCCCACGCUACGUCUUGUCUGUCAUGGCCGUUGCGGUAAUGCUCGGUGCCGGCGGUCUCGUGAUCGGAUUCACCGUCGGCGACCGCAUCGAGGCAGUCGAUCCUUUUCAAAUUGCUUCAUACGCUUGGCUCUUUGCUGCAUUCGUCAUCCUGGUCUGUAAGAGCGUCCUCGUGCGGGAAUGGUCUUGGGCUGAUUUUCUGAGAUGUCGAGUGCGGUGCCGAUCCGUGUCGGAGCUCGAAGCGGUGACGGGCUUCCCAGGCCAGAUGAUAAUUGCAAAACUGCUGCACGACGAGAGUAGUGGUGGGAUCCUGUCAACACGCGGGCCGUACAAUUCUGUUUUUCUACGUCGAAACAACGAGGGCUUCUCGAUUGACCAGCCAAUCAGCACCUCGACCAUGUUGAUGAGCGGAUUGACACCUCUCAAGGUUGUCACACCUAAAGGCUAUGCGCUCGUUUGUCUAGACUCGAGACACAAAACUAGACUCCGUGUGAUUGAACACCAGGCAGAUCCUAAGGAGCAGUAUCUCGUAUGUGAGGAUGUUAGUCGGAAGCAAAGGAGAGCUAGGGAAGGUGAUGGAGUAGCCGAAAAGUUGAAAAGCACAAAGCUGCAACUUUUCUUGUCCAGAGAUGUCAAGUGGAAGCGGGUGCUGGGUAUUUACGAUGCGGAGAACGUAGUGUUUGUCUAGGAAUCUAAUAAACUUGACUUGCCAUAGAAGACAAAAUCGAGUUUGUGCGAUAAUUAUUUCAGCCAGGGUAGGUCACCUGCCUAGGUAGGUACCUACCUA